UCUCGCUUUUGUAAUAUUUUUUGUCUUGUUUUUGUUUUUUUUUUGUCUUUUUUUCUUUGACUUCUGUUGUUUUGACCAUAAAGUAAAACACCAUGUCAUUCAGUUCCAGAUGAUAAACUGAGGUAUGCUGUUGCUGAAACUGAAUUUAUUUUUCUUAAGAAAUAAUAAUUCCUUAAAUAUGAACUUUUUUGCACAAAAGCAAAGGAACAUUUUGGAAUUGUGGUUAUUUACAGGUUAAUAUGCUGUUUUACUGGUCAGUUGGGGUUAAAUUGGGCUGAAUGGGGCCUCUGAACUAAAAUGAGUUUGACACCCCUGGAGUAGAACAUAGAUGAAGAAUCUGAAGUAUCCUUCUGCAAUUGAGUCAGAUAAUGUAAGAAAAAAAAGACCUGAGCCAGACUUGCUGGAUAAUGCAUUUGUGAUUUGAUUAUAUCGUGAUUUCAGUAAAAUGUAAAGCUCUAAUUCAAACAAGCUGAACACACUGAAGUAGUGUGGUUUUUAUGUUAAGUUGUAAAAAUUGCAUUUAAGCAGAGGGACUGUUGCUACUGUGUCCAAAAAGGCUACAUUAGAAAAUUGUGUGAAGGAGUUAAGGGGCACAAAGAGCAGAUUUGACUUAAAAUUUUGCAUUUCAGUGUGACAUAAAUAUAACUGAGUGUAAUGGGUUGUCUGCAGCUACUUCUCAUUUAUUUUUAUUAAUUAAUCCCUCCUGUGCUGCCGGCUGGAUAUCGGCUUCAUAUAGGCUUCAACAGCCGUGAAAAACUUUACAUCCUCCCCAAACUAAACAUCUAACAACCUCCUCCUCUUCCUCCUUCACUGUGACCCUGAAAUGGGUUGUAGCCGUAAUUAUGGUUUUUCGUCCACCCCAGAGAGUGUGGGUGGGGAUGCUGCUAGCAUUAGUGGUGGUGGAGCUUCCCGGGGCCCUGCAGAAGUGCAUCUUUGAUGAGGUUCAGGCUCAGGUCAGGGUGGUCAGAGCCGCACCCAUGAACCCAGACAGCCCACCCAGAGAGCCCAGACUCGGAGCACCGACCGGGCAAGAGCACCUGAUAACCUCUGGACAGCAAACUGGUCACCAAGGACAGUCAAUAAAACGGAGGAGCGUCCUGAGAGAAGUAGCCUCGCCUACUAUUGCCGCUCCACAGCCAAUCAGGAUCCAGACUUGGGUUACAAGAGAGAGCUGCGACCUAUCAGAGACUGAGAAAGGAAGGCUGGAGGCAGCAGUGGAGGAGGCUGUAAGGGUGGUGUCUUCUUUACUGUCAGUGAAUAGAGUGCUGGGCCCGUUGCUGCUCAGCAGAGACAUCAACAAAUACUGCAAAUUCAUCUGGAGGAAUUCAAGCACUGUUAACUACAACAGGUGUGGAAGAGCCAACAGCAACUACAGAGCUGAGACUUGUCUAGAUGUCACAAUUCCAGAUGACCACUUGGCUGGAUGUGAUGUUUACCCGGAGGCUGAUUCACCUCAGAGGACUGUUCUCAGACCUGAAGGUGCAGGACUCACCGGCAUCGACUUUGUUCUUUACCUCCACAUACAGGCCACUGACAAGUGCAGAGCCGAGCCUAACGUGUUGGCCUACGCUGUCCACUGCCGCACAGACACCCAUGGGCGACCUGUGGCUGGAGUGGUGGUCGUGUGCAGGGACAGACUGACCGGAGCCACAUACAGCCACCAGAGCACCGUACAGACUGUCAUCCACGAGUUGUUUCAUGCACUUGGUUUCUCUAAAGACCUCUUCAACUCCUGGCGAGACUGUUCCUCCUCUUCUCAAGUGGGAGCUGGAUGUUCUCCUCGAGGACUAGUGACUCACUCUGAUGGAUCAGGCCAGAUGAGGAUUUACACCCCGUCCGUUAUUUCAGCCCUGCAGAAGCAUCUGGGGUCCACAGAUCCAGAGCUAGGGGGGCCGCUGGAGAACCUGGGUGGAUCUCCAGGCAGGGUGUCCUCUCACUGGGAGUCCCGGGUCCUGCAGGGUUCCAUCAUGACGGCGGUGCUGGGGGAUCCAGCCACAGUCCGGAUUGAUCUAGUCACCUUGGCAGCGUUACAGGACACUGGGUGGUACACUGUGAGCCUGAGCCGGGCUCAGAGUCUGUUCUGGGGAGACGGUGAAGGAGCCUUGUUCGGCUCCCUGUCAACCUGCCAAGACAACUCCUCAUCCUUUUUCUGCACUGGCAGUGGUUUAGGGUGUCAUUUUCUUCACCUCCACAAGGGGGAGUGCCAGACUGAUCAAUACCUGGAGGGAUGUAGGAUGUAUAAAUCGCUCAAGAAUGGAAGUGAAUGUUGGAAAAAAGAAAAUGCAGGAUUAUCACCCAAAGAUGACGGCAGCGGGGAGAUUUUUGGCUCUGACAGCCGAUGCUUCUUUUCCAGCCUGAUCAGACAGAAUCACAGUCAGUUUGUUGGGUUCAGCAGCUCUGUGGAGGGUCGGUGUUACAGAUGCAGGUGUACUGGACCAAACAGGUACCAAAUCCAGGUGUUUGGCUCUGGAUGGACGGACUGUCCAGCAGGGGGCACCGUUGAGAUAAAAGGAUAUGAAGGUUUAGUUUUUUGCCCUGACAGAAGGUUGUGUCUGUACCUUGAUAUUACUCCUUCAUCUGCUUCUAAUGUGAGCUCCAGUGAAAGUUCAGCCCAGAAUGGAACCUGGUCUCCCCUCAGACCAUCAACAGAGUCCACUGUAGCCACAUCGCUCUGCUUCACUGCUGCUGUCUGUCUGCUGGCUGCACUGAUGCCGUUUUACUGGAAACGUUGCUCCUGCAAGGUCAGAAUCCACAGUGUGGCUCCAGAGGCUCACAGUGAUCUGUAGGAAAACUGAUACCAGAGACUGACAAACAUGUGCAUUAUUGUAUAGAGUAUUAUUUUCAUGUGAAAUGUGUUUGCUCAAACAGAUAAUGUGACUUGAUUAACUGUUUUACAACUCCUGUUGUUCCACACAGUGAGGACAGAGAAGCAGUGUAGCAGUAAAAUACUACAAUGAAUUAAAAUGAGACAAUAAAACAAACGGUGUCAGAGAAAAGCAAUUCUGGAACAUUUCUAACAAAUAAGUAAUACACAACACAUUCUGUAUAUCCACACAACCUAGCCAAUACAAAAAGGAAAAUCCAUAAGGUAACAGCACGGCAAAGACUGAGCUGUGCUUAGUUUGCCAAACUGUGACAGAAAGCUCUCUUUACAUAUAAAUAAUGCAAAAAACACAAAUAUCUCCUUCUCACUCACACCAGAACUGUCACAAGAGUCAAAACUUUUCUUUGUUGUUUCGAUAUCCCAGAAACAUGUCUACAAGUGACAAGCAAAAAACCCCAAAAAGAUCUAGAAUAUGGUUUCAUUUUGUCAGAAACUAAUUGUGCCAUGUUACAAAACAGGCAACAGGAAACAAAGAUACAAAAUAAAUACUUACUGGACGUUAAGCAAUUAUAACUUGCUGUUUAGUCACCAUGAUUCAGCUGUUUUCUGACUGACAGUUUCUAUUUUCCAAAAUCCCCUUAGCUGCCUCCCUCCCUUCCUUUUGUCUUUUGUUGAAAUGACUUUGGACCAAAAGAUAUUCAAGCUAAUUUAGUGCUUCGCUACAGUCAUCAGGGGGGAAUGUUAAAAACCCAGUCAGGCUGCUGAUGUGGUUUGAUUAGAAAGAACUGUGACCUGAUUAAACAACAGUUGUGAAACAGGUUUUUAAACUUUCACAUUGUCUUAACUGAUACUGGUUAAGUAACCAUGGUGUUAUUUUAGAUAGAUAGAUAGAUAGAUAGAUAGAUAGAUAGAGGCAGCUAACACCUCAGAUGUUUUCAGAAAGACUUUUCGCUGAACUGUUUUCAAAAUAAAGGAGAAAAUUUGCGGUCGAGCCGCCAUGUUGGUCCGACUCAUCUGAUCAAAGCGGGUCACCUGACCAGGUAGUGGUCAGCUAAAGCUCUGGCGCUGUCAUAUGACAAUGUUGUGGUCCGCUAGCGACCGCCCACCAUGCGUGCGAUUUUCAGAUGCAAUGUGUUUACAUGCAGGAAAAACCCAUCUAUUGUGGCACAAAUAUAAUUCCAUAGUAGACACUUACUUUUUGAGUUGGAAUUUGGAAAUUUGUUUGUUGUUACUUGAACCAAAUAAAUGGAUUAGCAUAUCCCACCAAAGCAAGUGACUUGCUGUGUAUUGUUUGUGGAAGAAAAGAACUGAUAAGCACUUAACAAAGUCACGACGUAAAAACCGGGACGGUGCGUCACCAAUAGUUAUCUUUAAUCACUUUAACUUGAUGCCUGCUUGUAAGAAACAGAGAAGUACAGUUAAAACAGUUUUUCACUAGAGGGCGACAUUGUGUUGCUAAAGUUCUGUAACAGUUGAAGAGCAGACAUUUAUUUUUGCAUUUAUUUAUUUCCUGUCACCCCCAGCUGAAAGUUAGUUUGGAUUUUACUUUAGCAUCUCAUUUUGGAAAAAAAAAUGCCAAUAUUGUUUUUUUUUUUUUUGCAUAUAUGUGUGCUCCUUCUUUAUACCUCGUGUUGAUUCAUUAUAAAUGGUUUCAAAAAUUCGUUAACAAACGAGACAUGGACAUUUUUGCAACAUCUAGAUGGUUGAUGCGUCAAUAAAUGGCAACGCCCAACAACGUCAAGGUAGAAUUAUGAGUGGUUGAAAAUUUUCAAAAUAAAGACAUUGGUUGGCGAACUCCUUAGGACGCUUAAUAUAGAAUAUUAAAACCAAUUAUACGAUCUUGACG